AUGGACAUGAAGAUAGUUCAGUCGUCAACUAACGUUCAUGAACAACGCAUUGGAGAUGUCGUGGACCAGAAGAGCAUUGAACGGAGAUUGCUGAUGAAGACCGACGCUGUCGUUCUGCCGCUGAUCGUAUUGACCUCAACUUUGGCAUUUCUCGACAAGCUGGCUCGGGCCAUCUUUUACCUGGGCUACUUAGUGAUGGAGAUGCCCACUGUAUGGCUGCUGACAAAAGUGCCACUGGGUAGCUAUAUUAGCGGGACUUUGUUUACAUGGGGAGGGGUUGUCUGUUGUAUGGCUGCGUGCAGCAACUUUGCAGGUCUCGCCACGGUACGCUUCCUCCUCGGAGUCUUCGAGGCAGGCAUACUUCCAGCAUUGUUGCUUGUCAAUUCGCUGUGGUACACCAAGAGGGAGCAACUGUUGAGGACGGCGUUGUGGUACAACACUUUUGCAGGAAUCUUUGGCGGCAUCCUCAAUUUUGCAGUCGGCAAGAUCGAUGGUCCACUGUCCACUUGGAAGUAUAUCUUCCUGAUCUAUGGCUCGGUGACGAUGGCUGCUGGUAUUUUGGUUUUCUUUGCUUUGCCGGAUGAUCCGGGACAUGCAUGGUUCUCUACCAAAGAUGAGAAAGAUCUCGCUCGGAUCAGAGUGUCCAAAACUCGAGCAGCGACUCGUGAUAAGAACCGGGAAGCUAUCGCCGACCCAAAGUACUGGUGUGUGGCAGUGUUCGUCAUUGCGCAGUCCAUCACCAAUGCAGGAAUAACAGAUUUCAAUCCACUGAUCAUCGCUGAUUACGGCUUUUCGAAAAGCAAAACCACUCUGAUGGCGACACCACAAGCUGGCGUUGCUUUCGUAGCUCAAGUCGUCUGUACGGCCCUUGCUUACUUCGUACCAAACAUUCGCUGUGUUCUGUGGACGCUGUCUUCCCCGCCAGCACUGGCGGGUGCCAUCAUGAUCCAUAUGCUCAACGCCGCAUCGGAGAGAGAUGCUUCCCUUGCGGGCGUAUAUCUCAUGGGCUUUUACAACGUCCCGUGGGUUCUCAUGCUCAGUCUCCAGUCUUCCAACACAGCAAGCGCGACCAGAAAGAGCUUCGUCUCGGUCUCGGUUGCCAUCUUCUAUGCUGUGGGCAACAUCAUUGGGCCGCAAUUCUUCAGAUCAUCACAAGCUCCUAAGUAUGGCUUGGGCAUAGGUGCAAUGCUUUGCUGCUUUGCCAUAAUGGCUGCGACCGGUGUCGUGUAUGGAGACCAGAGAUACGGCCAGUCGGACUCUCAAAUUGAGCUUGACGAAUCCUUACAGGUUGAAGACUUGACAGACUUUGAGGUGGAGAAGUCCUUCCGAUAUGUAUACUGA